AUGGGCUCUAUUGGCGAAACCACCACCGGCCUGCCGCCGGUGACCGCCAGGGGUAAGCAAGACGAAAGCCAUGACGGUUCACUCCCCCGGACCACGGAUGUCGUCGAUGGGCACGCUGGUCAAGAGUCAAUCAAGAUACCGAUGCAUGACGUCCCAGCCUUCACGCCCAGCAAGAAGCUUCGCGUCGUGACCAUUGGUGCUGGCUACUCGGGUAUGAUCUUUGCGCACAAGCUCCAAUAUACCUACGCCAAGGAGUUUGCCACGCUGGUCGAACACACCAUCUUCGAGAGCAAAUCCAACGCGGGCGGCACUUGGAUCGCAAACAGCUACCCAGGCGUGCAAUGUGACGUGCCAAGUCAUAUCUACGUCUUUCCAUUUGCCCCGAACCCCGAGUGGUCGCAUUUCUACUCGACCGGUCCGGAGAUCAAGCAGUAUUUCCAGAAGACGGUCGAGAAAUGGGGGCUGGAUAGGGACGUCCAGUUCAACACAACCGUCGAGCGAGCCGAGUGGGACGAGGACAGAGCUCAAUGGAGGCUUGAGGUUAGGCACAAGGACAAGGGUCAGCGGACGGAAUGGGCAGAUGUUCUGAUCUCUGCCAGAGGUAUUCUGAGUCACUGGAAGUGGCCUAACAUUACAGGAUUGGACACCUUCAAGGGUCUCAAGGUCCACAGUGCGGGUUGGAACCAUGAAUAUGACUACCGGAACAAGAGGAUCGGUCUGAUCGGCAAUGGAAGUAGUGCCAUCCAGAUUCUGCCCGAAAUGGCCAAGCUGGAGGGCACACAGGUGACGUGCUUCCAGCGGUCUCCAACCUGGGUGGUCUCCAGACACACUCCGGCGAAGCUCGUCGGCAGCGACGAUCCGAGCUACAAUCCGGUCUACCGCGAAGUCGACAAGGAGCGGUUCCGCAACCCGGAAGAGCUUAAGAAGUACCGCAAGCUCAUCAUCGGGAACGUCAAUCGCGGGUUCCGGAUUUUCGGGAAGGGCUCCAAGCAGCAGGAGGACAUCAAGGCGUUCGCGACCAAACAGAUGGCCGACAAGCUCAACAACGACCCGCGACUGUGCAAGAUGCUCAUCCCGGAGUUUGAGGUCGGAUGCCGACGCAUCACGCCGGGCGCCGGCUAUCUCGAGUCCUUCACCAGGGACAACGUGCAUCUGACGCAGAGCCACAUUGACUACGUCGACGAACACGGCAUCAAGACUAAAGACGGCCAGUACUACGAGCUGGACGUCGUCGUCUGUGCCACUGGCUUCGACGUCUCCAACAGGCCGCCGUUCCCUGUCAUUGGCCGCAACGGCACCGACCUGGGCGAGAAAUGGAAAGACGAGCCUGAAUCAUAUCUGUCCAUGGCCUGUCCCGAAAUGCCCAACUACUUCAUGUUCAUGGGGCCCAACGCCACGAUCGGGCACGGAUCGCUGAUCUACAGCCUCGACUGGACGGCCGAGUGGAUGAUCCAGUGGCUGCGCAAGAUGGCCAGGGAGGACAUUGCGUCGAUCGCCCCCAAGCAGCAGGUCGUCGACGAGUUGGUGAGGUACGGCGACGAGAUCAUGAAGACCCUCACCUGGACUGGGAACUGCCGCUCAUGGUACAAGAACAACCGGAUCGAUGGCCGCGUGACGGCGACGUUUGCGGGAAGCGCGAUGCUCUUCCACGACAUGGUCGAGCGCAUCCGACCCGAGGACUUUGACAUCCGGUACCGCUCCCGCAACAGGUUCCGCUUCAUGGGCAACGGAUUCACGAGCUACGAGCUCGAGGACGGGGUUGAUCUUGCUUGGUAUGUGGAGAUGUAA